AUGUAACAUUAGUGUGACAUCAUGUUGGUAUGUUACGUUGUGGGAGAUGUAAAUCAAAACAAGAACUAAAACGUAAGAACAGGUCAUUCUCUGUGUGCAAAAUUGGGAUGACAUCAGCUAGCUCAAUGGUAUGUAUAACUAUAUAUUUAGGCUUAUAAUAACAUUAGAGCAGGGGCGGACUGACAACUCAUGGGGCCCCCGGGCAAUAGGGGAUCAUGGGGCCCCUGUGUCCUUGCCCAAACUCAAAAACGCCUUUGAAAAAGUUACCAGGGGCAUCUCAUGGGGCCCCCUACUGACCCCGGGCCCUUGGGCAGUGCCCGAGUUUCCAAAUGGUCAGUCCGCCCCUGCA